AUGAACCAAAACAAGCAAAAGAGAAAGAAAAGCUAUGGCAAUUCCCUAAAGAAACAAAAAUUUUCAGCACAAUUAUUCGGCAACCUUUUUCCGGAUACUUCAUGGCUCUUACCACAAUCUUUUACUCUUCUUCCAAGUUUUCCUACUCAGCCUAUCAGUCUCUUUCCGACUAUUCAACCUCAACCUGCUCAGCCUUUCAACUUCUUCGCAACUGUGCAACCUCAACCCAUACAGUCUUUCAACUUCGUAACCGCUACAACGAUUGAAAGAAUUGAAGAUGUGCCUAAUCCAGACCUUGAGCCGGGAAUAUUUCCUACACCUAACCCAAGGUCGUGGCCUGUUGGACCAGACUGGAACGAUCCACGCAACACGACAAUAGCGCGUCCGUUCCCCACCGCACACUUGUGGUCCGGAGUUCUGCAAAUAUCUCAGUAUCAUUAA